GGAAAUGUGCUCUCGUGUUGAUUCCGUGGGUUCCAUGACAGUCUCACAUGUUACUGUCCAGUCUCAUUCAGCAGCUCUGGACAAGUUAUUCUGCUCUUGGGAGAGUUCGUCUUUACAUUUCACCGAAGUGUGUGUACACUUUCUUUGGUGCCAUUCAAAGACCAUAUCCAGUCACCUGGAACCAGAUAAUUUGCAGGAGCUCAAACGUUACAAACUUCACAUCCUACUAUUUACCCUUAAUGGAGGACCCUGAGCCCACAUCGUUGAAAAGGGCCUGCCCUGGUGAAGAAGAGCCUUGCCACGCCAUCAAGAAACCCAGAGUGAAAGAUGAGAAUGGAGCAUCUACUACAGAGUUUGCCAAGGGGCAAGGAGAGCAGUGUGAGGAGGAAGGCAGUGGAGAUGAAUUGGCCGAGGAAGAGGAGGAGGAGGCCGAAGGGGAUGGAGAGACCUUUGCAGACAUGAUGAAGCACGGCCUCACAGAGUUAGACGUCGGCAUCCUGAAGUUUGUCAGCGAGCAUAAGGGCUUCUCGGGGAUUCUGAAGGAACGGUACUCUGACUUUGUGGUACAUGAGAUCAACAAAGAGGGGAAGAUUGUUCACCUUGAUGACUUAUCGGUUCCAGCAGAAACUAGUGAGGAGCCAGAGGAACCGCCGCCUGAAGCUCAGGUGCUGACUGAGGACCAGAAGAAGCAGCUGGAGGAGCUCCAGUUAUUCAAGAAUAAGGAAGGCAACGUCUCCAUAGAGGUAGCAGAGGACUCCAAAGAGAAGCGUACUCAGGUCCACAGGGCAGUGAAGAACCUGUUCCCUGGCCUGGAGACCAAGACGGAGGAGAGGGAGGGCAAGAAGUACAUAGUGGCCUACCACGCUGCGGGGAAGAAGGCCCUUGCUGCCCCUAGGAAACACUCGUGGCCCAAGAACAGAGGCAGCUUCUGCCACUUCGUGCUCUACAAGGAGAACAAAGACACCAUGGACGCCAUUAAUGUUCUCUCCAAGUUUCUCAGGGUGAGGCCUAAUGUGUUCUCAUACAUGGGGACCAAGGACAAGAGGGCCAUCACAGUGCAGGAGAUUGCAGUCUUAAAGAUCACUGCAGAGAGAAUACUUCACCUCAACAAGUGCCUGAUGAACCUGAAGAUUGGGAACUUCUCGUACAAGAAGCACCCUCUCAAGCUGGGGGAACUUCGAGGGAACCACUUCACUGUCGUCCUCAGGAACAUCAAUGGUUCACAGGAGCAGGUUGAGCAGGCCAUGAGCUCUCUCAGGGACACUGGCUUCAUCAACUACUACGGCAUGCAGCGCUUUGGCACCACAGCCGUGCCCACCUACAUGAUUGGCAAAGCCAUUCUCCAGAACAACUGGGAGGAAGUCGUGGAUCUCAUUCUGAAACCACGGCCAGGAGCGGAGAAGGGUUACCUGGUGCGGUGUCGUGAGGAGUGGGCCAAGUCUCAGGACCCCGAGGCGGCCCUCAGGAAGCUGCCGGUCAAGCGCUGCGUGGAGGGACAGCUGCUACGAGGCCUGUCCAGGUACGGCAUGAAGAACAUCAUCCAUGCUUUUGGAAUGAUUCCCCGCAACAACCGGCUGAUGUACAUCCACAGCUACCAGAGCUUUGUGUGGAACAGCAUGGUGAGCAGGAGGGUGGAGGCCUUUGGCUUCAAGGCGGUGGAGGGGGACCUGGUGCUCAAAGGAGGGACUGCUCAUGUUCUGACUGCAGAGGAAGCUGAGAAGCACUCCAUUCAUGAUGUUGUGAUGCCGCUACCGGGCUUUGAUGUCAUCUACCCAACACACCAUGUUGGGAAGGGCUACAGAGAGAUGCUGACUGCAGACAACUUGGACAUUGACAACAUGAGGCACAAGAUCAAGGACUAUUCUCUCGCAGGGGCCUACCGGCUCAUUCUCAUCCGCCCAAAGGAUGUUAGCUGGGAGGUGAUAAACUACGAUGAUGCACGAGUCCCACUGGUUUGCACAGACGUGGAGAAGCUGGAGAGUAAACCAGACCCAGUCUACCUCACAGAGGGGAAAUACAGGGCCCUGAAGAUGGACUUCUCACUUCCUCCUUCCACAUAUGCCACCAUGGCCAUCAGAGAAGUGCUGAAGAUGGACACUAGCAUCAAGAACCAGACGCAGCUCAACACCACGUGGCUCAACUGAGUUGGCUGUUGUAGACAUGUCAUGUCAUAGUACAGACUGGAGUACCUUUAUGUUCAGUGCACUUCACAGUGCUUUGAUUUUUUGUGUCCUCAUUAAGGGGUUUUUAUAAAUAUUGAUAGUAGCUUUCUUGGAUUAAAUCAGGAAAGUUUAAUGUUAUGUAGACCAGCUCUAUUUUGAGCUUUGCUAUAACCUGUAUUGAGUGCGGUUAUUUUUUUGACUGACUUUCUAAGUUCAAAAAGAAUUUAUUUGCUUUUAAAUAUUGUACUGUUGCUCGACUGUACAAACCGAUAUGAACUGUAAAGUGGUGAAAAUUCCCCUGCCCAUGGAGCACAAUAAAAUGCCCUUUGAGUUUA